AUGCCGCUGGAGCUGGAGGAUGCCUGGGCGAUCGUCGGGCCAUUUGGCUCGUACCAGAGGACGGCGAUCCUCAUCGCGGGCGCCGGCUGGGCCGCGGGGGCCUGCCCCGCGCUGAUCAUGCCGUUCAUCACGGCCCCGCCGUCCUGGAGGUACCUGGACGAGCCGGCGGGGUUGGAGUUCACCUCGGGGGAAGGUUGCGAGAACGUAUUCAUUGCGUCGAGGAGCUGGGAGUGGGUGAGCCCGCUGACCAGCCUGAACUCGGACCUGACCUCCGGCCCGGCCACGCCGUGCUCCGCGGGCGCCUCCCAGGCCGUCUGGGCGUCCACCGCCUUCUUCCUCGGCGUGCUCUGCGGCGCCCCGGUGCUCUCCGCCUGGGCGGACGUGCGCGGCAGGAGACCCCUCUUGUUCGGCUGCCUGCUGGCGAUGAUGGCCGCGCAUGGCGCUUCCGCCCUGUCGCACAGCUUCUUCAUGUACUCUCUGUGCAGAUUUGUCACGGGCUUCUUCAACGGAGGCGCGGGCAUCAUGUGUUUCGUCUACCCGUCAGAGGUCGUGGGGAAGGAGUUCCGCGGCCAGGUGAUGCUGUGGGUCAGCCUGGGCUGGUCCGCUGGCGCAUUGGGCCUGACGGCCACCGCGUAUUUGGUGAGAGGCUGGAGACCGCUGACACUGGUGACGGCGCUGUCGGGUGGAGUGUUUUUGCUCGGCCCCAUCCAGUACAUCUCGUGGGACCAAGAACGGCACCUGCAGAAGGAUGUCGGAGCUCCGCGCGGAUGUCUCGGAUCGGCGCUGGACCCCUCUCCCAGACGCUGCCGGGGGGGGGGUCCAGCACCCACCCAAGGAAUCCACGCGGAGUUCGGACAGCUUCUGUUUCUGUCCGUUCUCUCUCCCUCGAACAUCGAGGAGUCGCCAGGCUUCUGCCUGGCGAAGGGCUGCGCGGACCGGGCCGCCGGCGCCCUCGGGGCGAUCGCCCGCCGGAACGGCGCGUCGGAGGCCGCGCUGGCCCAGCUGCAGGCCUCGGCGGCCCUGCCCGGAGCGGGAGCUAGCGCCGCUUGA